ACGUCGACGGUGGUGGCAGCGUUGCCAAAGUGACCGUCUAUGCGUGCUGAAAAUGCAACUUUUUGUAUCAAAUUUCGCAUCAAAUAAGUAUGAAUCUGUGCAAAGCUGUCUCAGAGUGAUUGCUCUGUAAUCAGCCGUGAUCUGUUCAGCCGCAGGAUCGUCCAGUGCGAAACCGUGCCCGGCGUUUUGCGAAAACCGGGGGAUUCGAUUGCGGGUUUCGUGGGCGUGUUUGUCUCUAGCACAGUUUGUACCAUGACGUUCCGUGUCACUGAGACCUAAAAUGUACAAAAAGUUGUUCUCGGCUGCGCUUUGCCACACGGAUAGCAACAUGUUAAUUCGCGUAAUUUUACUUGUUGCAAGACGGUCGCUCUGAAAUCUGCAGCUUUACCUGAAAUGCACUUGCUACGACUGCGGGUUUGAUGUGCGCCACGGGAUUGAUUGAACCAGAUUCGGCCAGUUUUUCGAUGAGGCUGCGGACUUGAUUGGACAAUGGACACAUUGCAAGUUGUCUCCACUCACUCGAGUAGCAAAUCUUCUAGUCGGAGUGCGUCCCCGUCCCGACCUCUUUUGUCCCCUGUGCAGCCCAUGCCCUCUUCCAGAUCCGUUUCACCCUCGAUCUCGCCCACAUCCACCGUCCUCGCUGUCUCUCCGUCAGUAAAUAAGCCGUUUGUGCGCCCCAAUCAACCGCACAUGACGGUGCAGAAACACAGCACUGACUCAAAAAUGCAAGCAGUCUCCACGCCGAGCGGCAAGGAUGGAGGUCACAAGUCAGCCAGCGCGACCCCGCAGACAGGACCAUCACGCAGGGACACCGCCUCGAACAUCGUCUACACGACGCCGGCGGCGCGUGCGGUGGCUCUGCAUGCCACCAGCAUUGGGUCACAAGAGGCCAUUGGCUUUGGAGAUGAUGAAAUUGAUUCCCAGUUGACUCCCAUUGCCGGUGCAGCCAAUGGUUCAUCGGAAAUUCUAGGAACCGGUGGCAGCGAGGACAUCAGUGCAACGCCUGAUCUGCAGAAAGCUAAAAAUGCCAUCACCAGGCUAACUGACAAAAUCAUGCGCAUCAAAGAUCAAAUAACAGAAGAGCAGAAUACAAGAGAUGAUAAUGUAAAUGAGUACCUGAGGCUAUCUGUGAAUGCAGACAAACAGCAGCUUGGUCGAAUAAAGGGGAUGUUUGAGAAAAAGAACCAGAAAUCGGCACAGGUCAUAGCAGUCCUCCAGCGCAAAUUGGAGAAUUACAAUAAGAAAAUGCGUGACAUGGAGAACAUGGUUGCCAUGGCAAGUCAAGCUGGCUCCAGCCGUGGGUCUGACAGCUCAUCAUCUCACCACCAUAGACAACCCAGGGAAGUCCUCAGGGACAUGGGCCAAGGACUGAAAAAUGUUGGCGGCAACAUUAGAGAUGGAAUAACAGGUUUUUCAGGGACUGUCAUGUCUAAACCUCGCGAAUUCGCACACCUGAUCAAAAAUAAAUUUGGCAGCGCUGACAACAUUAACUCAUUAGGCAAAUCUGCAUUUUACACUGGCAUCGAAGAGUCUGGAGGAAGUGAAGAGGACCAAAAUUCACAACAGAGUCAACGCAUACACCACGGUUCUGCAACGCUGCCAGCCAAUGCCCCAUCACACCAAAACUCGGGUGGAUCGACAGGAGCGCGAUUCCCACACGGCUCUGAAGAAGGGGUCUCGGAAUGCUCCUCAGCCACAAGUGAAUCUCUGCCCCCUCCUCAUCAAGUAAAUAAUGCAUCUAAUGUCGGAGACGCUGGAACGACUCCACAGCAGACGCAUCACAUAACUAGUCCAAGACGCCAGACGAACUACCAUCCUGAUCCUUCAGGAUCGUUAGAUAAUAUAGGAAGAAUCAUAGAGGAAGUGAAUGCCUUGAGGGAAGAACUGAACACUCUGAGGGCAGAUUUUGAUGCACUUAAGAGUAACGUCCUGGCUGAGCAGCAGUUUACAAGUCAAGCUCUACUAGAUGAAAGAUUUCGAGUUGAGCGUCUUGAAGAGCAACUGAAUGACCUUACCGAACUUCACCAGACAGAGGUAGAAAACCUUAAAACGCAGGUAGCUGACUCUGAGGAGAAGGUGCAGUACCAGAGUGAAGAGAGACUUAGAGACAUUCAUGAAAUGCUAGAAGCCUGUCAAACAAAGAUAUCAAAAAUGGAGCAUCAGCAGCACCAGCAUCAACAGUAUGUCACACUGGAGGGCAUCAACAAUUCCAAUGCACGAGCAGUUGUAGUCAAACUCAUUAAUGUCGUCCUAACUGUCUUACAAGUUGUGCUCUUGCUUGUUGCCACAACAGCAGGAAUAGUUAUGCCCUUUCUUAAAACAAGACUUCGUGUCCUUUCCACCGUUUUGCUUAUCGGCGGCAUUGUGUUUGUAAUUAAACAGUGGCCAGAAGUGAGAGAUGUUGGCGACCAUAUAAUGAGACACAUUAAGCAAGCAGUAGCAGGGAAAUGAGAAAGCAGCAAGUGAUAAUUCGACACUCAGUGAGUGAAAUGAAUAUUAUACUUAUUUAUUUGAAAAACUGCAAUGUAUUGAAUCUGCAAGUUUUGAGCCAAGUUUGGAAAAAUUCACGACAUAUUUUGGCAACGUAAUAAUGAAAUUAUUAUGUCUUGAAAUAUUCUUUUCUGGUCAUCGUAUUUUAUUUUCCCAUUUCAGAGUGGUUUGAACUCUAUAAAAUAUAAAUUAUUCCUGCAUACAAUUUUAUACUUUUUCAUUGAGGCAUUUUAAGAUUCAACGAUCUUUUGAUUUCACCAUGGUAAAUUGCAUUUUAAUCAGCAAAAAAUAUUUCAUUCUAGAGUUUUAUUGUUUUUCUGUUUAACUGAUCUAUAUAUGCUUCAAAAUUUGUUAUACUUUGGUUGUAAAAUUUUUUAACUAAAAUUUUUACGAUGAAUGCAAAAUUAUAACUUGGUGAUCCCUAGCAUUCCAAUUUUUCAUAAUUUGCACCGUUUACAGUUUAUAUUAAUUUUGUCUGCUCUCAAUUUUUCAUGCCAUAUAUAUUUGAUUUUAUAUGCUACGAUCAUACUGUUUUGACUUACACAAAGCAAAAAAGUGAAAAUACGAAGUGUUUUAUCUUCACAAAAGAGCACACACUGUAUAUCUCCAUAAGCAUUCGUAAUUGCAGUUUUCCCUAGAGUAUUUUACUUUUUAUGCAUCAUUUUUCCAAUUAUAAAGUAAAAUCAAAGUGAUUUCUUUUGCACAAUGUGAUUUUUACCCUCAUAAAUUAAGUAGAUAAAAUGCUUCAGCUUGUGUAUUUACGAAUCAGCAAAGCAGACACACAACAUGUAUAUCCAUCCUUGUGUAUUAAAAAUAUAACUUGAGUCUGAAAAUGAGCAAAUUAGUGUGAUAAUUUUAGGGUUACAAUUUGAGAGGUUAUAAUUAUGUGCAGUACUCUAGAAAAUGGCAGUAGAGAAAAAUUAACAAAGUAGAGCCUUGUAACGCUUUUAAGGUGAUCAUACUAAGCUCUCUUGAAACGAAUACGUAGCGUCAAUUAUUUGAGAACGAAAUUCACAACAAAUUAAUAUAGGGAAUUAUGCCUGGAAAUAAGUGCAUUGCACUUCAGUUAGAGGGGUUUUGUGGUAUAUUUUUUAAAAUAAAUAGCUUGGGCCAUGCGAAAGUUGGAAUUUUGUAUUCUUUGGAAGGCAAAAUGUGGCAGAGUUUUAUGCAAACUUUUUUUGUUUUUAUCCUGUUUUUGUGUGAAAUAAAUAAUUUUGAUUUUUAAACCAGUAAAAAAUUGAAUCCUUUCAAUUUUACCUAUUUAUUUUUCAAUAUUUACUAUAAAAAUUUCUUUUUUUUAUGAUGCACCUACAUUUAGCUGUCAUAAUAAUUAUUCCAGGGUCAUAAAACCUGCCACAAAUAAUUUGACUACUUUUCCAUUUGAAGCCUUAUAAAACUAUUUUAUUCAUGCGUGAUUUGUGCAGUCCAGUUAAGCUAAGGAAAGCCAAAUUAUCAAAUUUAUUUUGUAUUGCAAAUUGCAAAAUAAUUUAAAUAAUCAAAUCAUGCAGCCCUUGAUGAACUUAUUAUGUAAGCGUGGAAUGAAAAUUUCCAGACAGCACGCUAAUGUAAUUAUUAUAAUCCCACCAGAGAACUCUUAUGUUCCUCCGAGCAAAAGAAAAACAACAAACUGUUGUGCGUCAACUCCAAGACCCAAAUUUCGCAACCUGCCAUUUUGAGAAUUUAAUGGUGAUCUUAAACGUAGCAGCAAUUUUGCAUUUUUUCUUUCAGAGCGCUCAACUUUUAAGAUAUGGAACAAAUUCUGCAAAAAAAUUCUGCUUGUGAUCGCUUAAACAAAUUAAUUAAUACCAUACAUAUAUGCAUAUUAUGACCAUAUGUGGAAAAAAAUAAAUGUGUAUCAGCAAAUUUUAUUGUUCUCUCUUGCCUCUCUUGCUGCCAUUUUUUAAUGGGUUUUCUCUAUCUUUUUUUUGUGAUUUGUAGAUACUUCGCAAUAAAAUAUUUCGAGUACUGUUCCAAAGAAAGAAAAAUUGACGUAAUUUGUAGCACACUAUAAAAACAGCUGUAUAAAAUGUAAGCUUGGCAUUGGCCGAAACCUAUAAAUGUAAUUAUUAUUUUCUAUCCAAAAUUUAUAGACAGCUUUGCUGUUGCCAAUUUGCAAUUUGGGAUAAUAUACAAAAAUGCGUGAACCUUGUGUGUUCCUUUGCGUUUUGCUCACUUUUUGGAUUUAAUUUAUCUUUUGCUGCGAGAAGCCCAGUUGUGAAUGAUGAUUUUUAUGGUGUUGUUCAGCAACUAGAAACGACUGAAAAUCAACAAUAUUUCAUAUAACGCAUGAAUAUAACAAUAUUUAAGUGAGAGUUGAUGAAUAAUUAUGGGAUGGUAAUUCCAUCGAGGUCAGAAAAAGAAUGAAGAAUGUGUGUGGCGAGACUGGCGAGAGAUCAUUGUUUGUUCUCUGAGAAGUGUAUUCAAAUAUUAUGUGAGGCAGUAUAUAAUAUACUGUCGUGCAGAAAUGAUACUUUCCUCGUUUAUUUGAUCUGAACCUUGCAAAGUGUGUGCAAUUGUCCAUUGAGAGGGGUUAGGAAGAAGAAUAUCAGAAAAUACAACAAUGAAAAUCUCAUUUGUUAAUUUGCAUACACAUAUAUAUGAAACUCCCAUUAUGAAACCAGGAAAACUGCUGUAAAUACACUUCGAUUUGUCGUUUAAAAACAAAAUGGUUUUAUUUUUAUAUAAUCCUACAACACAA